AUGGUUGUAGUGUUGUUUGAAACUUUGUGGUGAACUUAAAACUUGUCGGGUACGCAGUAGUAUUUAUCGGUGUUAUGUAUUUUGUGCUAUUUGAAGAAAAUAGGUGCCGUUAACUGUGAGUCAAAAUAGUCCAUUCUAAUUUAUUUGAAGUCAUCGGGAUUCAAUUUUAACCUCUCCACCACAGGUCGGAGUUUUAGUUCUGUCGCUGGUGACUUGGAAGUUAGUAUAAAGUUGUUUAGAUCACAUAUUUGUACUCUGAAGGUACACAAUUAUUAUGUUUACUAUAUGUUUUGCUCUCGACGACGAAUUGUUUCACUGGAGAUUGUUUGGUUCAGUCCGAGUUUGUUAUCUUAUUUACCAAAGUCUAACGUUCGGGAAUCAAAACAACUUAAACUUAAGUUAAACUUGAUGCUUUCCUAGAUAAUUUCACUGAGUAAAUUAUUUAUUCAACUAAUUAUUUCGCGUUACUAUACUGACAGGCGUAUUUGCUCUUUGUAAGUUAAUAAUUUACAGGCCUUACCCAAGUCAAGUGUAAUUAAGUUGGCUCGGUUUCUUUUUUUAGCCGUAGUCCUUUGUUGAUCUUUUUUCGUCCUCACUUUCCUUGUAACUGGACAAAACUGUGUUCCAACAAAACUUACAGCUUGCUUUUGAAAUUUCAGCAGCCUUGAAUAAAUUUCCACAACAACAUGAGCUAUACAGACGACGAGACAAGUCAGUGUUUGUGACGUAACAAAAUCUAAAAAUAACUCACAGCAUUUGACCUCAGCGGUUUGACUCUUUACACAUUAGUGUCAUAGUGGCCCAUCUGUGGUUUUAAAAGUUUAGACCUGUCAAUAUUUUGUUAUUUCAUUAUUUUACAAAGUGUGAUGCGGAGCAACUUUAACGGAUAAGUCCAAGUGCGGGGUUUGUUUGGCGAUAAUCCUGGAUUUCUGUGUAAAUUGAUAAAGAAAAAAUAAAUUUACAAUCUUCUCAAGGUCUGAUUGGAGUCUUCAAACAUCUAAUGCUGCUUGCUGUGAGAGCCACGGUGGACCCGCUAUGGCAUUUAACCCCCUCGUCCACAGGUGAGGUGGAGGGGACGGCCGGCUGGCCAUGCAGGCCGGGCCUCUAACACUCUUCGUCCACUUGCUGUUGUUGACCUCCGCGUGUGUGGCGUCGCACACGACAGUCACACUCGCAGUCGCACCCUCUACCACCGCCGCAUCGACCACAGUCGCGCCACCGACGCCCCCGCCACACAUCAACAAGAACCUAACCAUUGGCUACCUCACGGCGAUCAGAGGUGACUUGCGCGACCGACAGGGCCUCCUAGUCUCCGGCGCCAUACAGAUGGCUGUGGACAAGGUGAACUCCGACCCGUCGCUGCUGCCCAACGUGACUCUGGUACUCAAAUGGCAAGACAUGCGCGGUGACACGGUGAUCAGCACACGCCUCAUCACCGAGAUGAUCUGCGAGGGUAUCUACGCGUUUUUCGGCCCCGAGGGCUCGUGCUACGUCGAAGCCAUCGUCUCCCAAUCUCGCAACAUUCCCAUGCUCAGCUAUAAAUGUUCGGACCAUCGUGCGUCGGCCGUGCCAACAUUUGUCAGGACAGAACCUCCAGAUACUCAGGUGACCAAAUCAGUGAUAGCAUUGUUGAAGUACUACGAUUGGAAGAAGUUUUGUAUCAUAUGGGAAGAUGAUUGGGAGAUAGUGGCGGAGUCAUUGCACAAAGAAGCCAACCAGGCCAACAUGACAGUGACUUGUGUGCGUCCCAUCCAGAGCAGUGCCAAGUGUUGUAGAGAUCUCCUGCCCUGCUGUACCAGUGGAUUCUGGUACAACAUGCUCAUAGAAACCAGAAACCUCACUAGAAUUUACGUGUUCUUUGGCCAGUCCAAGACUCUUGUGGACAUGAUGGAGAACAUGGAUGCGCUGCAACUUUUUGACAACGGAGAGUACAUGGUGAUAUUUGUGGAUCUCACGACUUACUCAAUCAAAGAAGCCUCCAAAUACUUCUGGAGGAUAGAGAAUCCCAAAUCCGGGAAGACACUGGUGAGUUGUAGCGAAGAAAUGAACUACCUGCGUAGAGCUCAGUCGCUGCUGGUCGUAGUUCCGUCCCCUCCGGCUGAAACGUACGAGGAGUUUUCAGAUAAAGUCCGAGAAUACAACGCUCAACCUCCGUUCAACUUCCCUACACCUCCUGUGUUCACCACUAGUGAUAUGUCCAAGUUCAUCUCCGUAACAGCCGCCAACCUGUAUGACGCAGUGUUGUUGUAUGCUCGUGCCUUAGACAAGCUGUUGAAGGAAGAACCUGUACUAAAUGAGACAGUCGUCGAACAAGUUGCCACUAACGGAACUAGAAUCAUCGAGACCAUCAUUAAAAACAGAACGUACGAGAGUAUAACAGGUGCAACAAACAAGCUAGACUUGAAUGGUGAUUCGGAAGGCAAUUUCUCAGUGGUCGCAUUCAAGAAGUUUUAUCACUACAUCAAGAUGCCCACUUAUAACUUCACUUGCGACUACAACUUCAUCCCGGUCGGCCAGUUCUUCCAAGGAGAUACGCUUCCAGAGUAUAAGCUCAACUCCCCGAGUCUCCAGCCGGACUGGGUCGGUGGUCGCAAGCCUGACGACGAGCCGAGCUGCGGUUUCCACAACGAACUGUGCGCCAAAGAUGACUCCCAGGAGAGUGGUGUUAUCAUAGCAAUGGCGUUGGGUAUCCUCCUCUUCUGUUCGAGCGUCUUUACUCUCAGCAUGUACCGCAAGUGGAGAAUCGAGCAGGAAAUCGAAGGUCUCCUCUGGAAAAUCGACCUGGCCGAUCUACUUAGUUACUAUAACAACGAUAUUGUCUCGUCACCAAGUAAGACGUCUUUAGUGAGCGCAACGUCAAUAGAGUCGAGAUGUGGAGGUCAGGUUUUCGCAGCCACUGGACAAUACCGAGGUGUCGUCGUGAGGAUAAAAGAGCUCAAGUUCUCCAAGAAGAAGGACAUCACGCGUGAAACGAUGAAGGAAAUGCGACGCCUACGAGAGAUUAGGCACGAUAAUAUUAACUCUUUCAUUGGAGCGUCAGUGGAGCCUAUGAGGAUACUGAUCAUAACCGAUUACUGCGCUAAGGGUAGUCUGUAUGAUAUUGUAGAAAACGAAGAUAUCAAGUUGGACAAAAUGUUCAUCGCUUCUCUAGUCAAUGAUCUCAUUAAGGGUAUGCUGUACCUACACACGUCUGCCAAUAUGCCACACGGUAACCUCAAAUCCAGCAACUGCGUGGUGACCAGCCGCUGGGUCCUACAAGUCACGGACUUCGGCCUGCACGAGAUGCGACAGUGUGCCGAGAACGACAGCAUCGGAGAGCACCAGUAUUACCGCAAUCUGUUAUGGAAGGCACCCGAGCUCUUGAGAGAUCCUCAUGCCCCAGUGGACGGAACUCUCAAAGGAGACGUCUACGCCUUCGCAAUCAUCAUGCAUGAAAUCAUCGGCAGGAGGGGACCCUUUGGCGCUUGUGGCUUCGAUGAACCUUCAGAGAUCAUCAAGAUGGUGCGCCAGGUGCCGGGCCCGGGUGAAGCUCCAUUCAGACCUAACCUAGAACAGCUGCGAGACAGUGAGGCUGGACAGGACUAUGUGCUGGCUGUCAUACAGGAAUGUUGGGCAGAACAGCCAGAACUGAGGCCAGACUUCCGCACGAUAAGAGCGUCUCUCAAGAACAUGCGGGAAGGCAAACAGAAGAACAUUAUGGAUCAGAUGAUGGACAUGAUGGAGAAGUACGCCAACAAUUUGGAGGACCUCGUCAACCAGAGAACACUAGAGGUGUACGAGGAGAAGCGGAAAACGGAGGAUUUGCUGCAUCGGAUGUUACCUGCGCCUGUGGCAGCAAGACUAACGCGAGGAUUUGGUGUGGAACCGGAGUCAUUUGACCUUGUUACCAUCUACUUUAGUGAUAUCGUAGGCUUCACACAAAUGUCCGCUGAAAGCACACCUCUGCAGGUGGUAAACUUCUUGAACGACCUGUACACAUUGUUUGACAGAAUCAUCAAAGGUUACGACGUCUACAAAGUAGAGACUAUCGGAGACGCUUACAUGGUCGUUUCAGGGCUGCCUAUCCGCAACGGAGACAAGCACGUCGGGGAGAUUGCCUCCAUGUCACUGGAUCUACUAGAGGCUGUCAAGAACUAUCAGAUUGCUCAUCGGCCCCACGACACCUUGCAGCUGCGGAUAGGAGUACACACUGGUCCGGUGGUUGCUGGUGUGGUGGGGCUGACGAUGCCGAGGUAUUGUCUGUUUGGCGACACCGUCAACACUGCCUCGCGUAUGGAGAGCAACGGACUACCUCUGAAAAUACACAUCAGCCCUCAGUGUAGACAGGCCUUGAUCAAGAUUGGAGGAUACACCAUGGAGGAGCGGGGGGUGGUUCAUAUGAAGGGGAAGGGGGAUGUGUUAACCUAUUGGCUGACAGGAGUGACUGAGGGAGCUAUCAGACGACGAGAGACUGAGUCGGUGACAAUCAUCUACCCAAAUGAUAUCAUCCAAGAGUCAAACGCAGCUCUGGUUAACGUCGACGAGCUGCCUCCUCUCUUCUGCCGACCUCAUCGCAGUCCCAAACAGAUGGGAGAGGAUCGUCGGUUAGAGCGGCGCCAGUCCUCGGUGCCGAGGGGCAACUCUGAGGACCGAGGGGUGCCCAACAACUUUCCCGGACCCCUGCGCCGCUUGGUGCGAGAGUCUCACUCUCUAGACCCCUUUCCUGACAAACGGCUGGAGAAGAUCGGAACUGUCAAACGCAGCUUGCUCUCGUUACAGGAAAACAACCUGAUGACCUGUAACGGGCCCAAUGGAGAGCGAGUGGUUGGCAACGGAGGUCUAGUGUGCGAUCCUCUUCUGGACCACAAGCGAUGGCACUCAUUGGAGGACAUGCCACUUGACAACGUCUCCGCCUCCAAGAAGAUCAUCACUCGCUCGUCCAUCCGCUCGUGGCUGUUCGGACUGUUCAACAACAACGGGUGUCGCAGUGACUUGAACCUCCGCAAGAACUGUACCUACACGGAGAUGCAGGCGGAGAAGGAGAGUAUUGUAUGACCCGGGGAGCUACACAUGUAGUGGGUCAUUGUCUAGUCGGAAAUGUAUGUAGAGUUUGUCAAGCUAAGCAACGGUUGAGUCUCAAUAAUUCGACCUAAAACCGGUAUCAGAAAAUACUAAAAGCUGGAUACACAUUGAAAUGAAAAAAAUUUCUACGUUGUAAAACCGAUUUGAGGUUUUAAUUUUAUCUUUCGCUAACUACUAACUAUUCCUACACAGAAACAUAAAAUACAAGGUGUCCCAAAAAAAUUUUUUUUUUUAAAUUGCAAUUCAUCUUUUUAAUGUUAUAGGAAAAUAGUUUAAGUUCUCGUUUUAAUUCUUAUCUCUAAAUCCAACAGUUUUUGAGAUACCAAUGGUGGCACAGUUGGGUUGUUCACCUUGUAUACAGGGUUGUCAAUCAUAUAUAAUUGUGUUGUGCAGUACGCCAAAACAAUAAGAAAGUACAGUCAAGCACAGUUCUCUAAAGCAUGGUGCUCAUUUCCCGAAUACAUUCAGGAGCAAGGAAAGGAAUCGUUUUGACACUCUCCCGAUUGUGUACCUUACCACUAAAAAAAACAUGUGAUUUCACAGUCUUUAAUCGUCCACAGGUAUAAAGAAGGUCGUAUAACCGAAGUCGCUUAAUUGAGACUCUACUGUCAAAAGAAAAUUUAUCAGGAGUAAAUUGUUUUAUAACCGAGACAGUAGAAAUAUUGAAGAAUUUAAAUGCAGAUGUAGAAUAGUGGAGCGAGGUAUGUCCACAAUGAUCAGAAAUUUAAUUUGAGAUGUAAUAAACUCUGAAUUCAGGAUUGGCCAAUUUGAUUUAAAAAAAUCAAAUUUAUCUUAGGCCUACAUAAAUAUGUCUAAAUCAUAGUUUCUUUUAGUUUUUUUCUUGUUUUGUUCACCAAAAUAUAUGAUUUAUGGUGAAAUGAUAAUCGGGGAUUGCAUAAGCGCUUAGGGUGAAAUUUGUUUAAUUUCAUCUGUGUGUUUCUUGAGUGCUGUUUUUGUGGUUGAUUUUUUAUGCAAACAAGUCUUGCUUUUAACCAAACAACUUUGCUCAUUUUCACUCAUUUAUUGAGCAGUUGGUGUUUUAAUUAGUACAGUACAUGCUUUGAAGGAAAACAAAAUAUUUAUAUAUUGGUUCAAUGUUCGAUCAGCAUAAAAUAUUUUUUCAUAUACAGUAGACUCUCGCCCAUCCGGACUAAUGUGGCGGACGUCCGGUACGGUGCGAAAAAUCCGGACUAUCGAGAGACGAGCAAAUACAGUACUGUAUAUAGCCGUUAUUUCAAUUUUGUUCCAGGUCCACAGUAUUGAUAGCUGGGGAAAUGCAGUUCCACCGGUAAUAAGUUUUACUGUCGUGUUAUCCCAGUUUUUGAUUAUCCGAGGUAGUCUCGGUCCCGUUUAGCUCAGAUAAUCGGACUACUACUGUACUGUGCCGCAAAAAAAUCACGAUUGCCGAUCCGGACUAGCGAAAGUAAGGACAAGGCCGAUCCGGAUGAGCGUGAGUCUACUGUAUAUGAAUUUGUACUAAAUUUUUGUAUGUAGAUAACAGUUUGUUCUGUUAGUGUGUAGAUAAUAGAUUCAGGUACAACUAAUUCUAUAAAUUUACUAAUAAUAUUUUUAAGUAAUCUACAAAAAAGAGGAACAUUUGAAUUUUGAGGAUAACAAUAUUUUUGGGUAUCAAUCAAGUAAAACUGUAAUACUACUGAGAAAGAUCUUGUAAAGAUUGUGAGUGUUUGGUGCUUUAUGGAUUUGUACGUCGCGGGACUGAUAUAAGUCAGUCGCCAGCAAUUGUGAUAUCUUGAGCCUAGUGUUAAGUUUUGUCAAUUUUUGGAAUGGUGCGAUCGCUUUUCAGAGGCCUUAUUUUUCAAUAUAGUCAAUGAAUGCAUGAACUGUAAGGUCUGUAAAACCCCAUUUUUUAUAACGGUGAGAUUUUACACUGGUUUUACAAUCAUUUAAUGGUCUCAUUUACUUAUAAAAUAAUGAUUGUAAAUGUACAAAACCAUCAUUGUUUUCUUUUUGUAUCUUUUCCUUCUACUUUCAAGGAUUAUUAUCUAAUAAAAUUUAGAACUUAGUUCGGUCACUAAGCACUAAAUAAAGUAUACAACACUUAAACAACCAGUUUUGACCUUACUGUUUAUGUUUUCAUUGCUUUUGUCGAAGUUUUGUAAAAUGUUCACUAUAUCAAGUGCCUGUUUGGACUAUACAAUCUUAAAACUGUAUUACGUUAUACAAAUGUAAUAUUGUAUUUAUUUUUUAGUUCAAAGUAAGCAUUGUAAAAAUUUAUGUUGUGAUACAUGUAAAGUAUGAUUGUUUAUAUUUUGUUGUGAUUGGUCUAAAAUUAUUCUAAAAUGUUAUGUCGAUAUUGUGAUUCUAUAUCUUCUCUUUGUUAUUUGUACAAUUUAUAUUUCAAUUUUGUUAUUUUUUAUGGAUAAUACAUUUAUCUUUAUUUUUCUUGUUGCUUGUACUUCUGAUUACCUUUUUAACAAUGUCGGUGCUAUAUAGUUAGAAUUUUCCCCUUUAUCGCUAUAUUUUGCGGAUAGUGACAUCUUUGUACUUUAACGAUUCAGUUUUCUAUUAUUUUUUCAUGUUUUUAAUAGUUUCAACUAAACAAAUACUGUAUCAACGUUAAAAAGCUAUGAACGUUUAUACUCUUUUCUUUUCAUUUAGUUUUUUCCCAAAAUUUGUUUAGUGUACUUUACUCUAAAAUAACUUUCCUUUUGUGUUCCCUUGAAUGUAGUUGAAAAUAUGAGAUGGCUUCAGCAUAUCAGUGGUGCCUAGUGUCAAUUAUUUGUUCAUUGUUAUUUUGGAUUUGAAGGUAACCUUAAAAGUUCUGUAGUUUAAAUUAAAUAAAUGUUGAAACAAAAUAUUUCUUGUCGUAAAAAAGCCCCCACAAACUGGAAUAUUAACCUUCAAUGGUUUUCUUACAUUUCUCUCUGGGAUUAAACGUUUUCUCACCUUUUACAAUAUUUUAAAUUUAAUUUUAUAUUUCCCCCUUAAACCUGGAUGCUAAGUAUAAAAGACUGUUAUAUAUCCUAAGUGUCUCAAAAAGUGAAAGCCGAUCAUGUGCAAUUGUACUGAUAAUAUAUUUUUAUAUUAAUCAUUUCAACACAAGUUGCUGUUUUCUCGACUGCUAGAGUCGAGAGAACUAAUUUUGCUACAAAGUCGUUUGCAUUCCCUUUCAAAUACAGGUACGAUAGUUAACCCCCAAGUUAUUUAAAUAACCGACUUUGGGGAUUUUGUGAUAAAAGUAGUGUAAGUCAUGUAAAUAUUUAGUUGUCGAUAGUUUUUGUAAGUUUUAGUUUAUUUACAAUUACGUUGCCAUAUUGUUAUUUUAGUCUCGAUUUUAUAAUUUAUUGUUUUCUCUUGUCGUUUUCGCCAUGAAAAUAUAGGGUGGUAAAUUUUGUGGCCAUAUAAGUUUAUGUAUUAACUGUACAGUUAUCCUUACUGUUGUAUAUAUACCCACGUUAUUAUAAGUGUCUAUUUGUUAAUGUUGUUGUUUGUAUUUUAUAAAAUAUUACAGUUGAAAAUUGCUGGAUACUCUGAUGAUGUUAAAAGUUUAUAAAUUGCUGUGUAUAAUUUCAAGUUAUAAAUGUAAAUAAAUUAUGCCACUGUGAAUUUCAUGUGGUUAUUGCACCCUUUUUCUAUUGAAGUUUUGAUGUUAAGCUUGGUUCCUAUGGCUGAGUAUAAACAUAUCAGAAUCAUCUCUUAUUUUCACAAUUAUGUGUUGUUUUCCUAGUUCAGUGUUUCAAAUCACGGGUAUAUCCUUAACCACAUUUGCAAACGCAAUAGUACUCAAUUUUUCAUUCAUAUAAUAUAACAGCGACGCACACCGGUUUUUAACCAUAGACUGAAGUCGCAUACUUGCGUCCACACCACUUUUAACUCCAGGCCGCAGCCUAGUAGAGUACGCGCAAGCAGUCUGGGCAUGUGGCUCUGUCUCUACUAGCCGUCCUGUGUACACUUUACCCACCACCCUCCACCUCACCUAGCCAUGAAGACAGCUGAACAACCCCAGAGCCGUGUGGGCCUAAUGUUUUUGGAAAUGAGCAAAAGACACUUCCCCAACACCCCGUGCCCUAGCGCGGCCACGCGCCCAGACUAAAUGUGACUACUGUAGAACAAUGUUAUUUGGCUAUAACAACCACUGUUUUGACCAACACUAACUAUUUUCUUCUUUUUACAUUUCAAAUACAAAAAUCCAGCACAUUCAGCUACAGUAGUCACGAAAUCCAUCUCAAAACUGAAUCUAUACCCGACUUGUUUAGCAACAUGCUCGACAGUGUGUGGGGGAUUUAUCGGGGGUCUAUGUGUAAUAUUAAAAUGUAUACCUCGGUCUGUGGGAAUCGGUAGCGAAUUUGUUAAUUCAUUCCGUUCGGCAUUCACUAUUCAUCAACGCUUUUUUUUUAGGGAGGUGUAAGCUCUGACAAACCAGGCUGCAAGUUAUGGCAUAAAGUAAGAAUUCUCUAAGAGCACGCAUUAGGAAGCGUUGGGUAACCAUUAUGAACUCCAAACUCCACCCACAAAACACGACAUCUACAGUGCACCGGACAGAACUAACGAUAAAAUUGGCUUCAGAUGUUCCAUAAGGAUGGGAAAUCUACUAAGGGAGUAUGUUUUGUCUAUGGUAAAACCAUAAAAACAUUGUAAUACAUGAGGACGAGGGGGGUGGGCUUUGUCCUAGACACAAGCAACUAGUACUACCAAGGGCGUCUUUAACUCCAGGCCGGCCUUCAAAAUAGCAACAUCGCAAGUAGGGUUGUAACAGCUGUUGUUUUGUUUGGAGGCAGCUAAUGGUAUUUGUGUAUGUUUUUAAGAAUAUGAGCUUGGUUACUGGGCUAUGAAAAUAUGUACUCCACUUUAAAUGUACAAAAAUAGAUUUUCAAUUUAAAUACUGUUUUGGUUUUUAAUUCGAUAUGUUUUAUUUUCAAUCUUUCAAUAAAUUUAUGUUCAUAAAUUAAAAUUUUAAAGAAUAAUAUACGAAUUAAUGAGCUGGUGUGACCUGUCUGCCAUGUUAUCUUGCCGAUUCUACUAGGCCGCGGCCUGGAGUUAAAGGUGGCCGUGGUACUACACACCACUUAAGUGUACCAAUCUUUCCUCUAGGAACUUAUUACUUCUCUGUGGUUUUGUGGUUCUGGUAGUACUAAUGAAAAUGAAAUCUCUUUGA